CACCAUUUAAGAAUGGUCAGAAAACGCGACUGGUAGUGUGGACUCUGGCCCUCUAUAAAGAGGCGGUCGUACCUCUGUUUUUCUCAAUUUUCUUCGUUCAGCCAAACAGAUGGGCGACUCUCGUCCUCUCUCGCUCUCACCUAAGGGUUCUAGACAAUCUUUCCGGUCAUUCGGAUCAACGGAUGAGAUUUACCAUCAAGAUGCUCGAGAAAUCCAUCUGGGCCUUCCAAUGAGCUUCUCCAGUCCAUCAGUCACCGAUUUCAUCCGAGAGAUGAGCAGUCCUUCGGUCACCGACUUCGUCCGAGAGAUAAGCAGUCCUUCCGUCACCGACUUCGUCCUAGACUUCGGCCAUGAUCAGGAAGUGGGCCCCACUGCUGAACCAACGGCAUCCGAGAAGCAAACUGUCCCACAACCGUGGGCUAAAGUGAUAGUCGUGAUGGCCUUCACAAGCGUAGUGGGCCUUCUCAGUGUCAGUUACACAAUCAACGGUAAUGGCAACCUUAUCCCAGCCACCCUAUUUAGCGGACGGCCUGUAUCGUUCGGAUUCUUUCUCUUAGUAGUCAUGGUCACAUUCUAUAUCUCUAUCAUAGCAAUGAUCAUACGGCCAGUCUUGCCAUUGAUAGCCAAAGUCCUCAACAUAAUGGCCUUUGUUUGUGUGGUUUUAGGGGUCACAGUCCUGUUGUGGGCCAUGCUUCCUAAAAGCAUCAGCUGGGUCCCAUGGAUUUUUUUUUCGUUCACGAUCUUGAUUGCUUUUGGAGUGAUAGUUUAUGAGUGGUUCGUUUAUGUAAAGAAGGUUAAAGAGAAAGGGACUACAAAGAGGCCCACUACAUAAGAUGGGCCCACUAUGUAUAUAGAUGAGGAAUUGGAUGGAUGGUUCGUUUGUAUGAGUGGGUCCAUGGUUGGAUGAUCAGCACCAUUGAUCUGAUAGGCCGCACAAAGGAACCAAAAAAUAUCUCAUUUAGGAAUAUCCUAGCUGUCCAUUCUCUUGAGAUUUUCAUGUAAAAUGGGACGGUUUUUGUAAUUUUUAUUUUUUAUUUCUUUUUCCUGAUCCGUCUAUUUGUACUCGCCUGAUUCGGCCUGGGAUUGUCGCAUCAGGGAUAUUUAUGUAUACCCAUCAGAUCAACAUUCGGAUAUAAACUAUGGACCUGUUUGUGCUGAUUGAACCGUUCGGAUUGUCUCGUUGGGGUGGCUUCGGGCCAAGGCAUUGAUGUGUAUCCAGUUGUACUCUAUCCAGUAAAUUUUAGAUUAUUUGUUAAGA